GCUCUCUCCACUCCUCCAAGCACAACCUCGCCAUCAUGUCGCUUGCCAGAGCAGGAAGAUUCGCCUGCCUUCGCACGAGCAGGCUCGCCGCCCCCGUCAAUGCGCGUUUUGUGUCCACAGGCACCGGUCGAGGCGACCCUUCCCGCACAUCCAGCACUUCUGAUGCCCCGACUGUUCCUCACACCGAGAGCACCUUGAUCCGCAAGGAGAGCCCUUCUGAGGCUAUGACCCGUCAUCAGCCCGAUUACGAUGCCACCAUUGAUCACGGCACCUCUCAAUUCUCCCCUGUGCCCAAGCGCGUCAUGGAUGGCAGUGAGCCUGGUGCCACUGUUGCUGCCGCUGUUCUGUCCGGCGCUCCCACUGACCUGCAGGCCCGUACUGUCCGGAUCUACCGUCAAGCGAAGCCCGCAACACAGUCCGGAACCUGGCACGGUCACCACUGGAGAAUGGAUUGGGAUAUUCUGCAGAGGGGUCAUCGCUGGGAGAACCCCCUCAUGGGCUGGCAAUCCUCUGCUGAUUGCAUGCAGGGUACCCACCUGAACUUCAAGAGCAAGGAGGAUGCCAUUCUGUUCGCCCAGAAGCAGGGAUACGAGUACUUCGUUCAGGAGCCGAAUGAGCGUCGCUUCGUCCCCAAGGCCUACGCUAACAACUUCGUCCACGAACCGAAGAAGCUCAAGUACAUCAAGACUAAAUGAUUUGGGUUUCUGGUGUGUCAUGUACAUAAGUGCAGGUCUUUGUUUGAGUUCUGGGUCGUGCUAGGUGAUAAAUUAACUUUCCUAAAUGUUACGCUUUUUUCGCUAUUGCAAACUUUUAUUGACAUGACCUGGUGGAUCUCCUGAUUGCCGGCGUGCACCAUUGAGUUCAUAUAUCGAGUAUAGUGCCAAGCGACUUUUGAGAAACUCGAAAAGCAUUCAGAAAAGGCUUGCGCUAGUUACCAGUGCAUUCUAGAAAAUAGCUCGCUUUGUGCCAAGUAUCACAAGAGGCAUUGGUAGCAAAUGUCGAUAUCCAUGUCCAGUCUUUGUUGGUCCUUUAUCGAGGCAAGGGCAUUGCAGUACGGAAAGUUGAGGCUCUAUACUUUUAACAUGCUGUGCCUUCUUUUCAUGGCACUUCAUUUUCAGAAUUCCAU